AUGGCAUCCAUAAAGCGCAAACCUAGAAAGAAUCUAGGGCCUUUAAACCUGUCAGACGAACCGUUAGAGACACCAGACACAGUGUCUUGCCUCAUUCACUUACGGCUUCUGGAUGCCUUUGAGAAGCUUAAGAGCAGGACCGGGCUUAAAGAUGGGCUCUGGGAUAUCUGGGACAAUCGCGCAUCAUCCGCAGACAACUCACUCGACAUACUCGUCAAACUGCGCGAGAAGCGAUGGGCUGUCUAUGUUGCUCGUGCCGUCGAUCGAUACCAGGCUUGGUGGGAAAGCUUCCGGCCCGUCAUGCUGCUGCAGUCGGACAUGUUCCCAGGUAGUGCAACGACAGAGAAAUACACGCAGUUUUUAAACUCGGAGCCAAUUUCGUGGAGAGAGGAAGACCUGCCGCCUUUGGACGUCCUCAUGGUAUGGCAUGCGCACAUGUUGAGCCCACGUGUAUAUCUCGAGGACUGUUUGCGAUAUGGACACGGCCCACUAUGGGCAGCCGGCAUGCCGUGGAAGCUGGUGCGGGCAGCGCUGCAAGAGAAGUCAGACUUCAGCUUCACUGUCGGCGCAGACUGCGUAGAGUCGUGGGAGAAACGCACUGGACGAGAUUGGGAAAACGCACUGGACCCGUUGGAAAAGGAGAUGCGAUGCCCGUCUUGCGGCGCGGAGCUGCGCAUACCCUGGACGACAUGCGGGUUGCCGCAAGAGUACGAUGGCGACAGGUAG